AUGGGAAUCGCUGAAUCUUUUGAAUUAAUGGCAGCUGAAUAUAACAAUGCAUCUGUCUGGAAAGCUCCUAUAAGUUAUGACUUGAAUGGGAUAUUAGCCUUGGUAUUUUUGUUAUUCUCCUUCUCUAUAAUUUCAGUCAUUACUCUAAGUGAUAAAUCAUCAUUCCAAGGAAGUGUUAGAUAUGUUAUCCUAAGUGCAAUUGGAUCACUUUUAUUUGGUUUUGGUAGUGUGUUGUUUUCUAAUUACGUUGGUGUUUAUGUUUAGUUGGA